AUACUGAUCCACCUGUUUUAGAGGGGAUAAAACCCUUCUCUCAAACAGGUUGAUCACUUUUCCCACUUGACACCUGAGAAGACCAUUGGAAAGGAUUUUGCAAGGCCUUAACCAAGAACACGGCAAAGAUGGGCAGGAUUCUUAUUGGAGUCAUCUCAGCACUUGCAUGCUUCAUGCUUGUGGAGUCCCUCACAUGCAACCAGUGCUCCUUUGGUUUGCUGGGUUUCUGUCUGUCCUCCACCAAUGUAGAGUGUACCACCAACACCUCUCAGUGCUUCACAGGAAAAGCAACUUUCGCUUCCAUCUCGUCCUCGGUGGGCUUCAACACGCAGGGUUGCAUCGAGGAGGCCAGCUGCAACAUGACCACCAACUCCACUCUGCUGGGCGUGGCCUUUGAAGCCAGAGUGGACUGCUGCUCUACGGAUGGGUGCAACCCGGUCCAGACCAGCGGAGCCCCGUCGGCCAGGAUGACGCUCGCCGCCGCCAUCGGGGCCGCCGUCCUGGCCUCGGCGUGGGGAAGCUUGUUGUGAUGCAGCCAGUCGAUUAUGAUAGUGUAGCACUAACCGUGGGAAAAAUCCUUGGACGUUGUCAGCUUACCAAAAAAAAUACAGUAUAGGACUAAUGUACGUACACACUGUUGACGUAGUCGAUCAAUGAAAUGUUUUAGGGAAACAUAGAGCUCGUAAACCUCACGUUUUUUUAUUUAUCCUUUGUCAGAACUGAAAUCCAUGAUGUGAAAAUAAAAAUAUUCAAUAGA